GGAUUUUUUUCAUAGUAGUGCAAUUCAACCAAACUAGCAGUUUUGCCUUUGAAACCGGGUGAUUUUUGUUAUUUAAAGGAUCUUUGAUGAGUGUUUUUGCAGUAGGCCUUUAAAAACGGGAUGAUGAUGUUGUAUAAAGGAUCUUUGACAGGCACUGUUGCUGUUGUAUCUUUAAAAACAAGUGUCUGAAAAAUGCUAGUCAAGGAUCCUGUAAAUUACAGGAGUGCGAGAGUGUUUUUUUUUUUUUUUUUUGCAAUAGUUCCAUAAAAUCAGCAUGAUUUUGCCAUACAAAGGAUCUUUGACUAGUGUUUUUGCCGUGAGUCCUUAAAAACUGGGGGUGAUUUUGUCACUAACGAGUGUCGGUUUCCCACUGGGUGGUUGUACUUCUACACGUUGGCCAGCAGAUGAUGCUGUUUAGCACUUUGCACAAUGUGGCGCUUGUCAAUAAUUACAAACUACAGUAGUCGAAGAUACAGUAGUUGACCAUUUAAAAAAAUAAUCUGCCUCUUAAAAGGCACAAAAUAUACCAAGAGCACGAUUUAUUUAUUUAAAAUGAUACGUAAGCAAUUUAAAAUGUUGUCGCUAAUGGUAAGAAACAGUUCUGAACGGCCAAAAUUAGCAUAUGUGACACGACUGAGUUUGAAAGAUUAUUUCUAGAUUUCCCACAAUGCUUUGUGUAUGAUACGUGCUAAUUCUUUUCCUUACAUCCGCACCUUUGCCUCAAGAGUUUUGGAUGAAAGCUAAUAUCAAUAUAUUAAUACAAAACAAAACCCAACGUUAGAUAUUAAAGAGGAGUAUAGAUCUUGUGAUGGGUGAUGUGGGCGUCUUGUGUAUUUACUCAGGAUUUCUCGUCGUUUUAAUGAAAGAAUGUUGAGAAUCUUUCACUUUUGUUCUGGAAAGUCAUAAGACGGAGGAGGGUACGCGCAUGCGUAUAUAAAAGCCACAAAUAUUCAAAUAUUUGAAAAUCUCAAUGAGGUCAAGAUUAACUUUUUAAGUUAUUUCUUCCCCGUCGAACGCUAUCUUCGUGUUUUCUGGAAGGUUCCACAUUGGAUAAAGAGUAAAAAAAAAAAAGUGGAUGAAAUCAACGCUCAUGAUCCGCUAGACUAGCGGCUAGAGACUCGUGUUGACUCCACGCUGCAAAAAGCGAUCCCAUGACGCCCAUUCGUGUGCUGUAAAAAGUAACAACCCUCUUCCAGAGCUGCCUUUUUUUGCAGCGCAUACGUCACACUCUUAAAUUCCUCCCACUUUUUGUUGCCUCCCUGUUGGACCAACAUCACUGACACACUUCAGGCACCGCUUUGCCUUCAACUUUUUGGACCCCCAAGUCGUGAUGACGGGAUUUCGGCUCAACGUGUCGCCUUUAAAAGAGCCUCUGGGCUUCGUCAAACUGGUGGAGUGGCUGACGGCCAUAUUUGCUUUUGGAAGCUGUGGCGGCUUUGCGGGCAGGAACGUCGUGUCCAUCUUCUGCGGCGACGGCAGGAACGAAACACUCAACGCCAACUUUCACUACCCCUUCAGGUUAAGCCAGGUGCCGCUCAUUGAAGGAAACGCCACCAUAUGCAACCACUCCGUCAGCACCACACACCUGAUGGGAGACUCCUCCUCCUCAGCGGAGUUCUUUGUGGGCGUGGCCAUCGUCUGCUUCCUGUACAGCAUGGCGGCCCUCUUGGUGUAUUUAGGCUACAUGCACGUGUACAAGAACUCUGACUUUGGACCCAUUCUGGACUUUGUGAUCACGGCCGCCGUCGUCUUCUUGUGGCUGGUGUGUUCGUCCGCCUGGGCCAAGGGGCUUCAGAACGUCAAGGACGCCACGGACACGGACGGCAUCGGCGUCACAGUGGCGCUCUGCAAGGGGAGCAACAUCACCUGCGAGGUCGCCGAGUUCGCCAACCUACGGACGCUCAACAUCUCUGUGGUGUUCGGCUACCUCAACAUGUUUGUGUGGGCCGGUAACGCCUGGUUCGUGUACAAGGAGACGCGCUGGCACUCGCAGAAGAUCUCCACCCAACCAGGACCCGGGAGGCAGCAGGUUCCGGCAGCCAUCUAAAUCACACACAAGCAAACCUUAGCUUGUGGGUGAAUUUGACACCCAUUCUACAGACAUGCAGCAUUGCCCCCCCCCCCAAAUGCUCUUAAGAAUAUCAAAAUUUCACUUUCUUAAGAUGUUUUUUCAUGACCAAAGAAGUUCAGGGUCCUCUUUGGGGUCCAAAUCAUUUAACUUUAAGGUACGGCAAAGUACAUUCCCUGUGUCAAAAAGGCCAAACUUCAUUAUAUUGACACCUAAAACACUUAACAAUUCCUUAAUCUUGUUCAAAUAACUUUUUUUUUUGCACACAUUAUUGAUAAUGACUCAAUCUAAGCGCUUUCUCUCGCCUUUGCCGCCCUCUAGCGGUCAUAGCGUGAACUACAACGCCGUCAUAAUGGUUGAAGGAGCUCAGGAAGGUUUUUCCCUCCCAUCCUAUGCCUCCUGUUUGUUUUUCAUGAAGGAGCUUUUAAACUAUUAUGAGAUAUGUUCAACCUUGUGCACAAUGCAUGCAUCUUGCACAGCCACAACCUUCCCAUAAUUCAUACAAAAACGGAUAGUUAUGGAGCUGUGGAAUGUAGUACGUAGUCUUUACAUGCUUUAUUACUUUAGCAGCAUUACCCCCCACCCCCUAAAAAGCUGAAAUCAGUGAUUCUUGUCAGUUAUGUUUCGCUCAAACGAAUAAAAAGUCAAAUGUAACUGUUAUUCCUAAUGAGAUGGAACUCCACAGGAGGCGGGGAGCUCUGCCGUGAGUAAUGUUUCUUUCUACACAGUCGGCAAGGAAAUAUCUCCGGUGUUAUUUCCGCUCCAUUACUUAUGGAUGAAGACGCUGAAGAGGCAGAAUGUGGAAUAGAAAUCUCACGCAGCUAGCGGAUAUUUACUCGGCGCAAAUUAAACGAACGACAAUCACUGAUUUCACCUUUUGAGGUGAUGAAUAUUUCCGCGCCGUAUUACACGCAAUGUAUUUCUCUCUUUUAGCCUUUUUUAAUGUAGUGAACUAUGCUUGAUUUGAUCAUGUUUAGAUGGCAGUUGAAGGCAUUUUCCAUGUCUUUUGUGCAGGUAGAAUGUACGUAGAAGGAUGUCAAAUGAGGUGAAAUGAGCAGACAGGCAGGAUGUGCGGGGGUGUACUGGUUAUGCCGUUGCACACAGAUGCUGCGUCCUUAAUGGGUCCUAUGCUUUUACUGCCAUUUCAUUCAAUUUCAACUGCAGGAACAUCCUCUAUUAAAAAAAAAAGCCAAAUGUAAAUUGUGUGUUUUUUUUCAAUAAAAUGUAAAAAUUAAUAAUUCGUUUGUAUUAUUAUCCUUACAUUAUUGAGUCUUUAUAGAGCGGAGAAAAUGUUAGAUAUAGAACAGCCAUUUAAUUUAAUUUCAGCGGGAACAUUCUUGAUAAAAUUAAAAU